AUGUCAGAAUCUUCAUCGAAAGCUUCAGAGUGUUCAACGAAUGCAAGUCCAUCAUCGAGUAUACACGAUGUUGAAGAGAAUAGCGAUGAAGCAUCUGAUACAAAUAAUAAAGAGCAAACAUCAUCAACAGUAAACACAGAUCAUACUUUAUCUACAAACGAUUCGAAUCCAUUUGGUAUUUUAUCAAUGUGUUUACCGUUAAACUCAUCUACAUCCCACUCGUCAUCAUCGUCUUCAAAAAUUCUUCAUCCUCAAUCCUAUUCAAAUCAUCGUUAUGUUGUGCAUCCUUAUCCAAUUUCACCUCAAGCUUAUUUCGCUAAUAUGGCUAAAUACACUGAAACUCAAGCGAGUCUUGCAGCAGCUACACAAGCUAUGAAUGCAGCCAUUGAACAACAACAACGAAAUCAACCACAAACAGUAAACAGUAAUAAUAAAUUAACAGGUUUAACUUGUGCCGUAUGCAGUGAUAUCAGCAGUGGAAAACAUUAUGGAAUAUUAGCAUGCAAUGGAUGUAGUGGAUUCUUUAAACGAAGUGUAAGAAGAAAAUUAAUCUAUCGAUGUCAAGCAAAUACGGGAAUGUGUGUCGUGGAUAAAGCACAUCGUAAUCAAUGUCAAGCAUGUAGAUUGAAAAAGUGUAUGCAAAUGGGAAUGAUCAAAGAAGCUGUACAGAAUGAACGUCAACCUCGUAAUAGUGCUCAAGUUCGUCCUGAUUCUGUUGAUUUUCAUUGUGAUGGUACAACAAUAUCAGUUAUGCACUCAAAUGCAGCAAAUAAUAAUUCAAAUAUAAUUUCAUCACCACAAUCUGGAAAAUCGGAUGAACAUUCAUUACAAAGUGAAAAUUCAUUUGAAAAAAAUUCUUCAAGUUAUGAUCGAGUUAACUAUGUAAAUGGAACAGCAUCAUCAAAUCAACGUCUAGUGACAACAAUAAUGGAUAAUGCUCUUUAUGGAAAUCAAAAUAUUCAAACAAAUGAUUCGGUUUAUGCCAUUGCAGCACAAAUAUUAUUGAUGAUUGUUCGAUGGAUUAAACAUUUACCAACAUUUUCUAGUUUACCGUUUAGAGAUCAAAUUAUUUUGUUGGAAGAAUCUUGGUCUGAAUUAUUUCUCUUAUGGGCUAUACAAUGUUCGUUAUCCAUUGAUGGUGGUCCAUUAUUUACAAAUCAAGAAUGUAUUAAUGAUAAAGUAUUAUUUCGAACAUUAAAUGAUUUGUUGUAUCGAUUUAAACAACUAAAACUUGAUCCAAUUGAAUUUGCUUGUUUAAAAGCUAUUAUUUUGUUUAGAGCAGAAACAAAAAGUUUAAAAGAACCAAAAAUCGUUGAAAAUUUACAAGAUCAAGCACAAAUAACAUUAUCACAACAUACACAACUUCAUCAUCCAACACAACAAACAAGAUUUGGGCGUUUACUGUUGAUAUUGCCAUUACUUCGAUCAAUACCAUCAUCAUUAAUUGAAAAAAUCUAUUUUUCACGAAUAAUUGGCAAUACACCAAUGGAAAAACUUUUAAGUGACAUGUUUAAAAAUUAA